AAACAUUGGAGCGUAUAAAUAUGCGGACAAAUUGCGACGAUUAAUCAUUCGACCCAUAGAUUCCACCGUCAAAGCAAUUAGCUUGGAGAUCUAUAGCAAAAUGAAACUUUUCCUAGCGUGCAUCUUUAUUGCCGCCGCGACGGCUGCAGUGAUUCCUGUCGAACAAGCCAGGCACCGUCGUGACGUCACCGAGCUCGUGAACGAGUACAUCCCGCCGGCGGAGGAAGUUGGCGCCGAUCUGGCCCAAGACCCCGCUGCCCUGGGAGAGGAUGGAUACCGCUACAAGACCGUGCGCAGGCUGAAGCUCCGCCACCGCCGUGAUGUCUCCGAGAUUGACAAUGAGUACCUGCCUCCUUCGGAGGAGGUCGUCACCGAAGCCCCUAUUGAGGAAGCCCCCGUUGAGGAAGCCAGCCAAGAUUCUGCUGUCCUUGCUGCCGAUGGAUACCAGUACAAAACCGUGCGUCGUUUGAAGUACCGCCAGCGUCGCGAUGUCUCCGAAAUUGCCAACGAAUACCUGCCCCCUUCGGAGGAGGUCGUCACCGAAGCUCCCUUGGAGGAGGCUCCCGUAGAGGAAGCUUCUCAGGAUUCCGCUGUCCUGGCCGCCGAUGGAUAUCAGUACAAAACUGUCCGUCGCCUGAAGUACCGUCAACGCCGUGAUGUUUCCGAGAUCGCCAACGAAUAUCUGCCACCCACUGAGGAAGUUGUUGCUGAUGCCCCAGUUGAGGAGGUUCCCGUUGAGGAAGCCAGCCAGGAUUCAGCUGUCCUUGCCGCUGAUGGUUACCAAUACAAAACCGUCCGUCGCCUGAAGUACCGCCAACGUCGUGAUGUUUCCGAGAUCGCCAACGAAUAUCUGCCACCCACUGAGGAACUUGUUGCUGAUGCUCCUGUUGAGGAGGCUCCAGUGGAAGAAGCUAGCCAGGACUCAGCUGUCCUUGCUGCCGAUGGAUACCAGUACAAGACUGUGCGUCGUCUUAAGUACCGUCAGCGUCGUGAUGUCUCCGAGAUUGCCAAUGAGUAUCUGCCACCCACUGAGGAGGUCGUCACUGAAGUCCCUCUUGAGGAAGCCCCCGUUGAGGAAGCUUCUCAGGAUUCCGCUGUCCUUGCUGCCGAUGGAUACCAGUACAAAACCGUGCGUCGCCUGAAGUACCGUCAGCGUCGUGAUGUGUCCGAGAUCGCCAACGAAUAUCUGCCUCCUAGCGAGGAAAUUGUUGCUGAUGCCCCAGUUGAGGAGGUUCCAGUUGAUGAAGCUAGCCAGGACUCGGCUGUCCUUUCUGCUGAUGGAUACCAGUACAAGACCGUCCGUCGUUUGAAAUACCGCCAGCGUCGUGAUGUUUCCGAGAUCGCCAAUGAGUACCUGCCACCCACUGAAGAGGUUGUCACCGAAGCCCCCAUUGAGGAAGCUCCAGUUGAGGAAGCCAGCCAAGAUUCCGCUGUCCUUGCCGCUGAUGGUUACCAAUACAAAACCGUCCGUCGCCUGAAGUACCGCCAACGCCGUGAUGUUUCCGAGAUUGCGAACGAAUAUCUGCCCCCCACUGAGGAAGUUGUUGCUGAUGCUCCUGUUGAGGAGGUUCCGAUCGAGGAAGCCUCUCAGGACUCCGCCGUUCUCUCUGCUGAUGGAUACAAGUACAAGACUGUUCGCCGCCUGAAGUACCGUCAACGCCGUGAUGUUUCCGAAAUCGCCAAUGAGUACCUACCCCCUACCGAAGAUGCUGCCACCGAAGCUCCCAUUGAGGAAGCUCCAGUUGAGGAAGCUUCUCAGGAUUCCGCUGUCCUGGCCGCCGAUGGAUAUCAGUACAAAACUGUCCGUCGCCUGAAGUACCGUCAGCGCCGUGAUGUGUCCGAGAUCGCCAAUGAGUACUUGCCACCCACUGAGGAGGUUGUCACCGAAGCUCCCAUCGUGGAGGCUCCAGUCGAGGAAGCCAACCAAGAUUCUGCUGUCCUUGCUGCGGAUGGAUACCAGUACAAAACCGUGCGUCGUCUUAAGUACCGUCAGCGUCGUGAUGUGUCCGAGAUCGCCAACGAAUAUCUGCCUCCUAGCGAGGAAGUUGUUGCCGAUGCCCCAGUUGAGGAGGUUCCAGUUGAGGAAGCUAGCCAGGAUUCAGCUGUCCUUUCCGCCGAUGGCUACAAAUACAAGACCGUGCGUCGUCUUAAGUACCGCCAGCGUCGGGAUGUUUCCGAGAUCGCCAACGAGUACCUGCCGCCUUCGGAGGAGGUCGUCACCGAGGCUCCCUUGGAGGAGGCCCCCGUUGAGGAAGCUUCUCAGGACUCCGCCGUCCUGGCCGCCGAUGGAUACCAGUACAAGACCGUGCGUCGCCUGAAGUACCGCCAGCGCCGCGAUGUGUCCGAGAUUGCCAGCGACUACCUGCCGCCCACCGAGGAGCAGGUGGCCGUUGAUGCGCCCGUCGAGGAAGUGUCCCAGUCGCAGGACUCCGCCGUCCUCGGUGACGAGGGCUACCAGUACAAGACCGUGCGCCGCCUGAAGCUGCGCCACCGCCGCGCCCUGUAAGCCUGGCUGUCCUCUACCUUUGUAUACCUGUAUACCUGUACCUGAACCCGAACUGCUCGUUCGCGACUAGAAGCACUCACCCCACCAACCACUACUAGGCCGUAAGUUUUGCUAUUAUUUAACGAUUGAAAUCAACGAAUAAAUCCAACGAAAAUUGUUAUACCAUAA